AUGAAUAGUAAAUCCACAAUGAAAUUCGCUAUCAUCUAUUUGGCAUACUUAAGUGUAUGUUAUGUUCAGUUAUGCUCUACUGUGAAAUAUUAUCAGCGAGACGAAAAUACUACUUACAAUAUUUCUACUAGUAGUAAUCCUAGUAAACGUCUUGCAUCAUCAAAGCAUGACCAAUUUAUGCUCAAUGAUUCACCCACUUCAAAUGGAUAUAGUUUAUUGCGUAAUGACAUAGUUAGACAAAAUUUACAUGUAUGGAGAGGAUAUUCAGCACCACUGUUACACGAACAUUUACCAAUUUUACCUCGUGCUCAGAAAGGUCAAGUAUGCCGAGUCGAAGUUGAAGAAUUUCAGCCACUAUUAUCAAUGGUUGGACAUUUAGAACCAAAAAAAUUUGACUGUUCAUUUGCAAACGGUGAUGUAAUCUAUCGUCAUGAAGGCAAUCCAUUGAUAAAUCAUGAUCAUGUACAAGUGACAAUAUUUUUCUUUCGUAAUAAUAAUUCAGUUGUACAAACUGUUGAUAUAAUGAUUGAUAUAGAAGAUCCACCUAAAUACCAAUCAUUAAAUGUUUCGAUUACUAACCAAAUAAAUUAUACGCUAAAUAUGGAUAAUACAAAGAUGGGAACAAAAAAGAAUAUUCAAGAGCUUCGAUACCUAAGCAAUUUACGAGCUACAAGUGAAAGUAUCAGUUCAGAAAUAUUGAAAAUACGUUAUGAUUUAGACAAAGAAGAAUGUCGUUUAUCAUAUGUUAGUCCAGAGUAUUUAUUAUCAAAAGGACAAUUAACAAAUAAAUCUGAUUGGUCUAUAUUAACAAGUUUAGGUGGUACAUUAACACCGAAGCUUGGUUUACCAUUAACUCCAGGCAGUGCUGUUGGUGGUGUACGUCGAUGGCCAUUAUUUGGACAAAUUGUACGUUUUAAUCGUACUAUGGUUGACUAUAUCGAUCGAGAUUGUCAAGAAGCUCUACUACAAGGCUAUAGGUAUUUACAUCGUAAAGGUAACAGUUAUGAAACUGAUUACAUACCUAUUCAAGUAACAAUAUGGAGUCGUAUGAAUGAUGGUUCAAGAGGUCAACCAAUUACUGAAAGCACAUUUCUUAAAGUGAUAAUUUUAAAUGCUCAAAAGAUGAAGCCACCAAUACUACGGGCAUUUCGACAGGUAAAUGUAACUCAUAUUGGUGGUAGCCUGUCUAUUCUUCCAAGAGACAGUAUAAGUAUUCCACGAGAUUCAAUUCCUGGAUGGGAGUAUUUUGAUAUAAAUAUGACAAGAAUGCAAGGUCCAUUACAAGCACAAAUAGUUAAUCUACGUGAUCCAACUAGACCAGUAACAAGUUUUCGUCUAGCUGAUCUUCGUCAAGGAUUAAUAGCAUUACAAUUAUUGAAUUAUGCUGAGUCUUUAGUUAAAGUGUUCAUUAUUACAAUGACAGCGAUUGAUCCAUAUUUUCAAAUUAGUCAGCCAGUCAAUUUGCGUAUUGCAACAUUUUUACAACCUGUAGUCGAGGUGAAUUCAUUUACCUCCUCAACGAUUGCACCACCAUCAUUUCAGGUGUUCAGUUUACCAUUGUUUACUUAUACUGGAGCAAUAUCAGUAUUACAAAAGCAUAAUAUUCAGGUUGUUGGUUAUAUUGAUGAAAGUAUGAUUGUUUAUACGAUUCGAUCAUGGCCAAAUGAAAAUAGAAUAGAUGCAACGAAGAAAAUUCACUUAAAGAAUAAGUCAACUGGACAGUUAUUACUUGAUGGUCAGCCAGCAUAUGGUGUAAAUUUUGGUCCACCACAUAUAUCAUUAAUGAGUUUAGCUUAUGUACACAAUGGAGAUUAUGAACCGACAAUAGAAAGAAUCCCCUUAUCAAUUACAGUCCCAAAUCUCAUGAAUUCAGGUAAAAGAUUUAAACGAGACCAGUGGCUGCAAAAUACCAGUGAUGAAGAUUAUUUCGAAGAGCAACAACCAAGUCAUCGUUAUCGUUCUCGUUAUGAAAAACGUCACCAUUAUUAUCCUAUUCAAGAGGGAUAUACUAAAUUACGUAAAAAUAAACGAGCAGUACAAAACUCACCUGUUCUGCAAUUGGAAUUACCAAUUAGGAUUGUUAGAUUAUAUAAUUACGUUAUUAAUGGAGCCUUGAAAUCAGGCACUACAUUUCAACUGCCUUCACAAACAUCAGUAUCCUUGAAAGCUGCACGCAGUGAUUUGAUAAACUUGGCAUUUGUUGUAAAAGUAGCACCUAGUCAAGGUAUAUUACUUAGGUUGCCAAUAGUGAAUAAUUUCACAAAUUAUCAUCAUCUUCAUACACUACGUAAAUAUAAUGGUAAACAUCAGUCUGACAUGAAAUAUUUUGGUGUUGAAGAAGCCUCUGAAGAUGAUGGGAAUCUGCUUGUUGAACAACAAGAAUUGAUGAAUAAAUUACAGGUUGGAGUAAUUCUUCUUUCAGAUUUAGAAACAGGUGAAGUAUGUUACUUGAAUCAGCGUUAUGAUCGUGCAACAGAUUUGAUGGGUAUUAAACAGAUUGGUCGAGCUGAUUUUCCAACUGUUUAUAUGACAUUUGAAAUUCAACCUCCUGUACCAAUUGUAAUUAAUGAAAGAAUGGAUCCUAAUGUUAUUCUACGUGUACGUGAAACUGCUUCUUAUGUACCAGUAACAUCAUUACAUCUAAACUAUGGAUUAGAUUGGAAUGUACAAUCGAAUGAUGAUGACAAUGAUGAACAAUACAAUCAAUCAAAAUUUGAUCAUUUUGGACCAGAAAAUAUUAUUUACACUAUACUUCAAGCACCAAGAUUAAGAAGGCUAGAUGACUUAAUAAAAACUGAUAAAACUGAUUUAUUCAUUGGAACUCAUGAUGCUGGUCGUUUAGUAAGUUUAUCUUCGAUCACUUCAAGUACACAUGUUGGUGAUAUGAAAUUACAAGCUGGAUUAGCUAUCAAUCUUCGUGAAGCGCAUGCACCAUGUGUUACACAGUUUACACAAAGACAAAUUGAUGAAAAUGAUAUUGUUUAUAUCCCACCAACUCAGGAUAUUGGUUAUACAGAUCAUGAUUUGAUAGUACGCUAUGCUGUUUCCGGUCCAGGUGGUUAUGAAAUAAUCAAUCGAGAAAUGCAUAUACAACUUGUAGCUGAAGAUAAUCAAACUCCAAUGGUCAAGAUCAAGUCUCCACUGAGAGUACAUCGUGACGGUGAAUUAUCCAUCGAUUCAAGUGUAGUGUCAAUUGAUGAUUUAGAUACACCAGAAGAGAAAUUAUCACUUCAAUUUGAACGUUUACCAAAGUAUGGCAAAAUUAUUCUAAGUCAGCCAUCUUCGUCUUCUUCAACCUCCUCCUCCUCCUCCUCUUCUUCUUCUUCUUCAGACCAUCAUCGACAGACUAUACCAGUGGUGAAGAAUCAAACGAUACCAUUUAGUCUAUUUAAAGAGAGAAAAAUUAUAUACCAACAGUCUGGAGACAAUGUAAAGCAGGAUGACUUUAUACUGACAGUAACUGAUGGCGUUCAAUUAUCAACACCGAUUCAAAUACCAAUUGAAAUUAAACCAAGAGUAUUACAAGGGAAUAAAUGGCAUCAAUAUGUCAAUAAUACAAUAUUAGUCAAAGAAAACAGCAGUGUAAUACUUACUCCGUCUGUCUUUCCGUCUGAUACAAGUGAUAUAAAUGCAUUACCAACUGGAUUAUCAUCAUCUGCUGGACCACAAUACUUUGUUAUUGUAUUCCCAACAAAGGGAACUUUACUACUAAAUGAUAAGAAUAAAGUAUCACAAUUUACUUAUAAAGAUAUAUUAGAAAAUCGAUUAACUUAUCGUCAUGGUCCAGCAGAAAUUGGAGUAAAAGUUGCUUAUGAUUUUGUAAGAAUAUGGGAUUUUAGUGCUGGAGAAACAUUUAGUUUAAACUUUACGUUGAUUCCAGUGAAUAGUCAACCACCGAUACUUAAAAGUGAAACAUUAUUACAGGUAAAAGAAGGCGAUAAAGUUGAAAUAACUCCUUACGCUUUAUACGCUUCAGAUCCAGAUACAAAUGAAGGUGAUAUACAAUUACAUGUUAUACAUACACCAAAAUGGGGUCAUAUUGAAUUGAUAAAAAAAAUUGAAUAUCAAAAAAAUAUAUCCUAUAAAAAUUCAAUGUCCAAUGAAUUUGAUUACACCUAUUCCAUGGACAUUGAUCAAGUAACAAAUGAUAAAUUAACUAAAGAUAAUAUUUUAAGUUUUAAUAUGCAAAAUAUACGUGAUGGUUUAAUAUAUUAUGUAAAUUCUAUACAUAAUGAUGGUCAAGAGUCAAUUGAAGAUAUAUUUAGUAUAAAAGCAUUUGAUGGUAUCUACUAUUCACCGAAAACAAUUGAAAUUAAAAUAGCUAUUCAACCAACAAAUGAUGAAAUACCAACUGUAAGACUAUUAAAAUACUUUUCAGUACCAAUGGAUACAAGAAAAGUUUUAACACCAUAUUUAUUCAGUGUCAGUGAUAAAGAUGUACCAAGAGAUAUGCUACAAAUACGUUUUACUGAAUUACCAAUUUAUGGUAGCUUAUCAGUUUAUUGGCAACAUGGUGAAAAGUAUACUAUAACACAAUAUAGUAAUCCAAUUACUGAAUCAUAUUUAGGUAUGCUUAAUUUAUUAUAUCUACAAAAUGCUUCAUUAAUAAAAACUAUUGAUAAACCCUAUUCAUCAUCAAUUUUAAUAAUGGAUCAAUUUACAGUGACUGUAUCAGACGGUAAGCAUACAGUUGAGAGAAAAGCAUAUGUGUUAAUUCGACCAGAGAAUCGAAAUCCACCAGAAAUGUAUGUUGAUAAUAAAUUGAAUAAUAAUGGAAUCAUAUUGGAUGGUCAAAAAUGGACACGAUUAGAUAUAUUACCUGGUGGUCUUAUUAUUCAGGAUACUGAUACAUCUGAAGAUGAUUUAAUGUUAACAUUAUUAGAAACACCAAAAUAUGGUGUUAUUCAACGUUUACCACGUAUGUUAAACAUUGAUGGGAUAGUAGAUCACUUAGAUUUAAUUGAAGAAGCAUGGGAUAUUGAAGAGAUGAAAGUUGGUGAUGAUUUACAAGCUUUAGCACAAUUAUCAAUUGCUGGAAGUAUUGGUGGACCAAAAACAAUUAAAAUAUUAAAUCGUGGUGAUCAGUUUACAAAACGACAAAUUUCAACUGGACGAAUUCAUUACGUUUACACAAGUCCUUAUCAAGAAGAAUAUGUAACAGAUUCUUGUGUAGUCCGCUUAUCAGAUGGACAAUAUUCAACUGAUCCCGUUACUUUACGUUUCCGUAUUCGUCGAGUGAAUGGAGUCAAUGCAGGUUUAGUUCAAUCAUCACUUCCCUACCUUCCUGUUAACCAUUUACAACAUUUACGCCCAUUAGAGUAUACAGAGGUGAAAAGUGAAACUAUUGAAAAAUAUGAAGGAAACCAAAUGCAUCAAAAUGAUGCUUCAGAAACAGAAGUAGAUCUACUCAGUACUGUUAUUUUAAUGGCUACAAUCAAAAGUUUCACAUUUCUUCAACCCAAGGACUUCCAAUUGGAGAGAAUUAAAACCAACCAAAUUAAAAUAAUACUUAGUUCAAAUUUAACAUGUGGAUUAUUAGCACGCACUUCAGAUCCAUUAAAUAGUAUUAACGAGUUUACUGAUGAUGAGGUUAGAAAGCAUAAAGUUGUAUUUUAUGCUAACAGUUGUGAAAGUUUUCUGGAUAAACAUUUUCAAAUCGAUUUCAAAUUGACCUCUUCUUCAGAAGAUUAUUUAGGUCAAAUAUCUAUAAUUGUAUCAAUUCAGAAAAACAACCGUAAUCUUCCUAAACUAGAAAAUUGUUCUGAACUGUUGAUUUUGCCUUAUACAGAUACACCAGUUAACAUGAAUCAUUUGUCUUUUAAAGAUAAAGAUACUAAUCCUAACAACUUAAUUUAUGUGAUAUUAAACCACACUGAAGAAAUAAAACAACAAGGACAGUUGAUCAAUGUGUACAAUGAAAGUUUGAAAUGUUUUACUCAAUCACAAAUCAAUUCAAGACAAAUUUUAUUUAGUUCAUAUUCAAGAGAGGAUUUGAAAUACUCUGUCAAUCUACACAUAUUUGACCUCGGUGAUAUUGGGCAAAUUAUUAAUCUUACACAAUUGUGUAAUGAUAUUCUACACGCAUACCUUUCAAGUAAUAAAUUAGAUGAACCUAAAAAUGUUAAUCCAUUUCUUGAGAGAAUGAUGUAUACUACUAAAGAAAAUGAAGUAAUUAUUACAUCAAAUAAGUCAUUGGAGUUGAAAAUUCGUCAUAGAAUAUUCCAGAAUGUAUACGAUAAUGAAUUAUUGAUUAAUCAAGCUCCUAAACCGGAUACCUUAGAAACUGUACUACCACGACGUGUAGGAUUUCAUUUAAACAGUGAAAAUAUUUAUGUAUCAAAUCCAUGGGCUAAAUUUCAUAUAAUAAAUCAUGAUAAGAUGAAUUGUGAACUAUUCAAUAAAGAUGAAAAUAAAUCUGUAAAAAAUUACUUUUAUCAGGAUGAUUUAAACAGACGUAGACUAGUAGUAAUUUUAUUGAAAGAUCAAAAGAAGUCUAAAAGUUCUCGGAAAAAGUUAUUAUCUUCAUCAGCUGAUACUGUCUGUCAAAUUCACUAUGAAAUUCAAUAUUCUAAGAAUUUGAAUGAUAUCAAGAGAUAUAGUAUGGAAUUAACCUGGAUUAAAGUUGGUUUCGAGCGUAAAGUGUAUUCAAUCUGCCAUGAAAGAGGCCUAAUUACACUGAGUGUUAUACGCAAAGGUAAAAGUGAUACAAUUCAGUCAACUUUGAGUGAUGUCUACGUUGGAUUAUCAUCUAAUACAGCUAUUGAGGGGACAGAUUUCAGUUUACAUUCACAAAAGUUGUUAGUUUUUCAAAAAGGUGAACUGAAACAAGAUGUAUUGAUACGCUUUAAUCCAACUACAAGAAGUCUUAACCAACAACGGUUAAGAUUUUAUGUUGACCUUAAACUACCAACAGGAGCUAUUUUGGAUAGAAAACGUAGAGCUGAAGUAGUUGUAAGUGAUGUUCAUGAGAAAUGUCAAUCGAGAUCCUAUUUUACACCAAUAAAAAUCGGAGAAUAUACAACGAAAACAUCAAAUAAUCCAGUCAAACGAGAUCUUACUGAUAUCAUCCACUCCAAAUUAUAUGAAUAUAAUAUUAACAACAUAGGCAGUUAUGACUAUUUAUCUGAUGCACAGAUUAAUAAUGAUCAACAAAAUAUACUAAAAGAUAUCAAUUGGCAGUCAAAUCAACAAGAUAAAACAGACAAUUAUCCAGUGGAAAAACAUAUUAGUUUAACUGAAUGGCUUGCUACAAAUGAUCUGCCAGAUUCUAAAGCAUUAAGUGCAUCUUAUGAAAAUUAUAUACAUUCAAACAGACAUUCGAUUCAAUGUUUAAAAGGAUGGAAAUUCUAUCAACAUCGCUGUUAUCGGCUAUUUGAACAUCAAGAAAUGACUUGGGAAGAAGCCAGAAACUAUUGUGAAUUACAAGAUGGUUUUUUAACAAGUAUCAUAGAUGAGGCUAAUUUGAAAUGGCUAGCUGAAACAUUUAAAAUACGUAAUCCUUUCUGGAUAGGUCUUCAUCAAACACGACCACGUGGUUCAUGGAUUUGGCAUAAUUUUGAACAUGUCAGCUAUACAAAAUGGGAUAGAGGAUAUCCAGUUCGAACAAAAUGGAAAAUUUCAACUGAUAAUACUAAGAAGUAUAAACAACAAUAUCAGCAAAAGUAUCGAAAAGGACCUAAAGCUUGCGUACUUGUAACUCCUAAUUUAUAUUGGCAAAAUCGAUUUUGUAAUCGGAUAAUUUUGACUGUGAAUUUUAUUUGCAUGAAAAAUCCUGAAAUAUUCUAG